AUGGUCGAUAUAUCAAUGGAGGCUCCAGCAGAAAAGGAUAAAGGAUUUGCCAGAUUUAUGGUAGAUUUUCUCAUGGGAGGGGUUUCUGCUGCUGUCUCGAAAACUGCUGCUGCACCAAUUGAGAGAGUCAAACUCUUGGUUCAGAACCAGGAUGAGAUGAUCAAAGUUGGUCGAUUGUCUGAACCGUACAAGGGAAUUACUGACUGCUUCGCCAGAACGAUCAAGGAUGAAGGUGUCCUUUCUCUGUGGAGAAGCAAUGGUGUAAACGUUAUCAGAUAUUUCCCUACACAGGCCUUCAACUUUGCUUUUAAAGAUUAUUUUAAGAGGAUGUUUAACUUUAACAAAGAUAAAGAUGGAUACUGGAAGUGGUUUGCAGGAAACUUGGCAUCUGGUGGUGCAGCUGGUGCUUCGUCUCAACUGCUUGUCUACUCCCUGGAUUACACCCGAACACGGUUAGCAAAUGAUGCUAAGGCUGCCUCAAAGGGUGGUGAAAGGCAGUUUAAAGGCAUAAUCGAUGUUUACAAGAAAACACUCAAAACUGAUGGUAUUGCUGGUCUUUACCGUGGAUUUAACAUAUCGGCUGUUGGAAUUAUUAUCUAUCGUGGGCUCUACUUUGGAAUGUAUGAUUCUUUUAAGCCUGUACUUCUGGUCGGUUCAUUGCAGGAUAGUUUCUUGGCUAGCUUCUUAUUGGGAUGGGGAGUAUCCGCGGGUGCGGGAUUGGCUUCUUAUCCUAUUGAUACAGUGCGUAGAAGAAUGAUGAUGACAUCGGGAGAGGCCAUCAAAUAUAAGAGCUCAAUGGAUGCAUUUUCACAAAUCAUCAAGAAUGAAGGUCCAAAGUCACUUUUCAAGGGUGCUGGAGCCAACAUUAUGCGCAAUAUUGCAAGUGCUGGUGUUCUGGCUGGCUAUGAUAAAAUGCAGGUCCUCGUCUUUGGCAAGAAAUAUGGAUCUGGUGGUGGUGGUUAA